AGCCCUAAAAACUUAGUGGGCUAUUCAGUUGACGGGAAUUUUGGGUUUGAAAUGUCCUCGAUACCCCAGGUACUGUGUAGCUUGCAACCUUAUCUUUGCCUUUUUGGCUCUUCCCAGCUUGGUCGUGAUGAUUUGACCUUGAGAGGCUCCCUCCAGUCAUUGAGCCCUUUCGUUCUUCGGCAGCGGAGGAAUCAGCGCUUGCAUCUCGAUCUUGUAGAGUUUGCGUUGAUCUCAUGCCCUUGAGCUCUCUUUGGCGACCGUCCCCUGGCAACUUUUUCUCUGAAGCGAAGUUGUUGUAGUUGUUUGACUUGUGCGUAAAGCUUCGAAGAUCCUUGGUUUUAAUUCUUCUAGGAUCUUUCAGACGCCGUGCGCACAACAGGGCAACUGACAGGCUAGUAUUUGAGUGGGAUCAAGUCUGAGCGAGCGCUGUAGAGCGAAUUGCUGGUAAAUCUGACUUCAGGCUUCAAUUGUUGGCCAUGAUGUCCGGUUGGUCCGUCGGCGGGCCACGAGAGGCGAAGCAAGUCGCCAUCCGUGUUCCCUGAGAGGAUUAGCUGUCGAGGGGAGUAUGAUUGUGCGUCGCAGCAUGUUGUGAAUUUGUCUGACCAGGGCCCCAGGGAUUGCUGUGGGGACAUCGAGAAUUAGGUUGCGAGGUGGUGGCUAGGUUGUAGCGGAAGUUCUCCGUCCCUCUCUCUCUCAGGUAGUUUCCCCACUUUGCGGAGCGAGAAGCAUUGUUUGUUCGGAAGGCUGGAAAUUGUGGCGCUCCAUGCAGUUGGAAGAUUGAGUCGUUCACACGGGGGCCGGCAUCUCUAGAUUUGCGGAGGGUGUUUAGGAUCUGCCCGGGAUGUUUGGGUGCGAGUCUGUGCAUCGGAAGCGAGUGCAUAAUUUCGUGCCCGAGCCAUCACAGUUGAAAAGGUGCAUUAUGGAGGUGCACAGAUAUCGCAAGCGUACAUCAGAUUGCAGCAAUUACAUCAGCAGUUACAUUGCUGUUGAUAGCGAGCUGCACAAUACUGUUGAAAGUACACGACUGGACGUACCUUUUGACAUUGAUGAAUUGGAGGGGGAUGACCAAUGUACUAUGAGAACGUAUUGUGUGCAGCUGCUUCAAAUACCUGUAAUCGGUGAAUAUCGCAACAAUAUACAUGUAGAGACUGCGAACACAGAUUUAAACCGCAAUGUAGAAUGUGGUACGCCGACUUUUGUGGUGGAUAUAUGGUCGAGUUGUGCGAAGGGGUUAAUUGAAAUAGUUAGAAUAACAGACAAAGCUUACAUUGCUGUCUCUUAUUGUUGGGAACCGUGGGGAGAGCAAUUUCGCAUUGAUGCAGAGAGAUGUGCAGAAAGCAGGGCCUUGCACAAAGCACCGUCGUCCACGGUGCUUGAAGAACAUCCUGGCUUAAUAUCGUCGCUUUCUAGAACAUGUGACAUAUCAGGUUACAUGAAGUUCCUAGGUCUGCUACUACGCACAUGUACUGAACGAUACGCUUGGAUAGAUGCCUUGUGCAUACCACAAUAUAACUGGGGAGUGUUGACAUCAGAAUUAGGGCGCAUGGGUCUUUAUUAUUCAAAUUGUAACCUCUGCUUUGUUCUUAUGGGAACGGAACAACACAUAAUUGCAGAUGUAAAGACGGGGAGCAUGCCUAAAUGGUUUAGUCGAGCAUGGACUUACCAAGAGCACAUGCUUAGCAGCAGAUGCUUUUAUGCAAUUGAACAACAUCAUGGCACAUUUUUAGUGUCAGAGAAUGCAGCAUCUUUGUAUGGUCACUUGAUGCAGAUAUGUAUAUUGCAGAGAGAUGCAUGCUACGACCUGACGAAUAUUGAGAUGACAUGCAUUGUGCACGCACUCCUCCUUGUGCAUUACCAGCUAACAUGCAUGGAGCAAGGGCGUGGAUGGGAGGUGACGGGUGUAUUCUCUGAGAUAGGGAACAGGAAAUGUAAAUUGAUAAAUGAUAAGCUCAACUGCAUAUACGGGCUAUUCGGCAUCAGUGACAUUUCUAGCUUGCCAGACGAAUCCCUAGAGAUAGCUGUUCAGAGAUUUGUAUAUUCACUUCCUGCCACCACUGCAGCGAAACUGAUCAACAUCGAUCCAAGGAGCAAUAACUUCAAGGGCCUGUGCUGGUUUCCUCUGAUUAGCAAUGAGAUGGACUUUUAUGUAGCUGGACAGCUGCUAGAUGAUCUCACACUCCUGAGACACGUGAGUGUAACAGAAAAGGGCCUAUCAGCCAGUGCCCCGUCCCUCAUGUACAUCGGGUAUUCCAAUGAAACAGAGGUGGAUAUCUUGGCAGACUACGGACCGCAAUACGAACUUGUACCUGACAGAUUGCAGCAGCUUAUUCAUGUAAAAUCUUGCACAGGCGACUACUUUGGGGCCAUCACUUACGAUGUGGUGAAAAUGCCCUGCACAAUGUUUGGGAUCAUAACUGGAAAGACCCGCAUUCAACCAGAAGAUGACAAGAAGUGCGGGUAUGUCAUCACGGUGGUCGCUGAGCAAGUGCAGUGUCUGCCGCUUGACCUACAAACAGAAGCUGACUGCAAGUAUGUGCGUAAGAUAUUCCACACCCUGGCAAUAUACCAGCACAAGGCGUCUCCAUGGUUGUCCCAGAUGCCAUCAUCAUUUGGUACUAGGAUAUUGCAACUAAUCUCACACACUUUGACGCCCAAAGUAAGCUUGUAGAAGAGACCAUAAAUAUUACAGGUCUGUACUGAAGAAGGCAUGCUGUUCAGGACAAGGCCGAAUUUCUUUUUGUACACUAAUAUUGCAUCACGGUCACGCAAUGGCAGUGCCCCAUAUGCACUGUUGUCUUCUGACACUAAGAUACUACAUUGUAGUAUGUGUGUUACCAUCUGCCAUACAGUAAAAGGUUGUGUGUUCAUGUACCAUUUAAUAUUUGGUGCAACAAGGACAAACUCCUCCAAGAUCUUGCAACUGCCUUUGACAGGGAACGAUUCAGUGCCUUCUGGUGCAGUCACAAUUCUGAAAGGCUCCUUCAUUUGCA